UUCGCUGACAUUGCCGAACAUGGUAAGAGAUUUCGCAAUCCGCUCCUCUCCAUGUUCCAAACAAAAACAGUCGGAGCUCAGACCGACGGAAUAAACUCCAACUUUGCCCCACAACCAUAACCGAUUCCUCGGAUGGUCGGCUCGACCAACGCCCAGUGAAGGCUCGCUGCAGCUGGACCGCCCCGCCCCGCCCUGCCGCGCUCCGCCCCCAGAGCCGUCUCUCCACCUGAGGAGAUCAACUUAACAGCUGCGGAGGAUCCAAAUGAGCCGGCCGUCACAGCCGAAACACACCACAGCUGACCACAACGGCGUAAGCGUCAUCCAGAGCCAGACCCACGCCUCCUCCGCCCUGCCGGCCGCCGCCGGCGGACUGCAGCAGGUCCCACAGCUCAUCCCAGCCAACCCUUCCGGCGCGGGCGGCAAGGCCCUCCCCCCAAGCAAGAUGAAGAAGCCCCCGGCAGACAAGGACAGCGAGGAGUACAGGCAGCGGCGCGAGCGCAACAACUUGGCGGUGAAGAAGAGCCGCAUGCGCAGCAAGCAGAAGGCGCUGGACACGCAGCAGCGCGUCAACGAGCUGAAGGAGGAGAACGAGCGGCUGGAGGCCAAGAUCAAGCUGCUCAGCAAGGAGCUGAGCGUGCUCAAAGACCUCUUCCUGGAGCACGCCCACAACCUGGCCGACAACGUGCAGCCGCCCGCCGGCACCGGCGGCUCCAGCCCCGCCCCCAACAGCACUUCUGCCAACGGCCAAUGAGAGGCGGAGCUUCAGGGACAUCAGGAAAAAAGCCUCGUCUCCAGGGCAACAAUGCUUUUUCACCCCAAGCCCCCUCACCUGGGACUUUCAGCAGACUGUCCAAGUGAGACCACAGACUGAGGCCCCACUCACAGGAAGUCCCUGUUUUUUAUGGUAUCCCUUCAAAAUAAGAGUUUUAAUCUGUAGAACUUCACUACAUGUUUACGAUGAUCGGACGCUUCCGCUCAUUUGAAGAGCAGACGGGCGGAACCAGACUCCUCAGCUUUGUUUAAAUCCUUUAAACCAGCCGGGUCGUUAGUGGUCUGCUGACGCGGCCUGAGCGAGGGGGCGGGGCUCAGCGGGCCGCUCGCACACUGUAAUCAGGGGUGUGGGGUGUUUGCCAGGAGCACCCCUCCCCGCAGGUGUGGUUCUGUCUGAGCUCGGGCCGUGUCUGUGCAGGUCUGAGCGGCACACCUCAGUGGACGGACCCGGAUCGCCGCCGCGCUUCAGUGGAGCCAGAACCGGCCUGGCUGCUGGCCCGCUGGAGCCUUUUUCACUUUUCUAUCCUCGUUUUUUACUCGUCAUUCCAGCAGCAGCAUGGUUUGAACAGGAAGUGUUUGCAUGCCUGUGGGGGUGGGGGUGGGGGGGUCAGGUCCUCUCGGUUCUGCUCGUCGUCACUCUGCUUUUUUUCUAUCAGCACAUAAAUGUGGUAAAUUAAACGUGCGUGUAAAAGUUGAA